AUGGCACCCAGAGCACGGCUCGGCAUCAAGCCCACCGGGACCGUUUACCCAGCCUGCCAACAUGAUAGCCUUGAACUGUGUCAAUUGGAGGAGGGCAGCGGGAAAAUUGCCAAUUCCUCAUUAAUAGAUGCACACCUACGGACCUGUCGUUCUGAAGGGGAACUCUUUGCAGCUGCUGUGAAUACCACUCAGGCGGAUAGAUGUCUCUCAUUUGAGGAUUUGGUUUCCCUGCCAAAUACACAGUGGGCCGGAGUUUGGCUGCCUGAGGCCUUCGUGGCCUACCCAAUGGACGUGGAUCUGCAAUCCAUUCUGCUGGCGUAUUUCUAUGGCCUGAGACUGAAUAUCGUAAGUGCCUUUUCUCUCCCUCUCUCCACAACUUUUUAG